CCGGAUGCGGGUGACGUGCGGCCGCCAUCUUCCAGUCCCGGGCAGCCAGCGCCAGUCGGAGCCAGUGCGAGCCGCCGCCGCCGCCGCCGCCGCCGCCGCCGCCGCCGCCAUCACUGCCUCUGCCAAGUCCUCUGCCCGCUGCCCCCGCCAUGUCGGCUACCGCUGCCACCGUCCCGCCUGCCGCCCCGGCCGGCGAGGGUGGCCCCCCUGCACCCCCUCCAAAUCUUACCAGUAAUAGGAGACUGCAGCAGACCCAGGCCCAGGUGGAUGAGGUGGUGGACAUCAUGAGGGUGAAUGUGGACAAGGUCCUGGAGCGGGACCAGAAGCUCUCCGAGCUGGAUGAUCGUGCAGAUGCCCUCCAGGCAGGGGCCUCCCAGUUUGAAACAAGUGCAGCCAAGCUCAAGCGCAAAUACUGGUGGAAAAACCUCAAGAUGAUGAUAAUCUUGGGAGUGAUUUGCGCCAUCAUCCUCAUCAUCAUCAUCGUUUACUUCAGCACUUAAAUCCCCGAGGAGUCUGCCCUGCCUAAGAAGGGCCUCUCUCCCAUCCCCAGCCGUUCCUCCACCUCUCAGCCAUAUCUUUCAGCCCCUCUCCCUUGGAUCCGUGUGUGUGUGUGUGUGUGUGUGUGUGUCCGUGUGUGUGCCCCCUGUAAAUAGCCAGCUGUUAUUUAUACAUAUAUAAUAUUAUAUAUAUUUGGUCUGUUUGUAGUUUUAUUACUAGAAGAUUUUUUCCGGUUGUCCUUAACACCCCUUCCUUAGGUUCCCCUCACCUCUCUCUCAUCCUCUGUCCCUUUUCCUCUUUUCCUGAUAGCUCCAAGUUCCUUCAUUUGCAUCUGCUAUGCAAUAGCCCCUUUUUUUCCUUGAAUUUAACUGACCCUUCCCCUAGCUUCCCUGUACAAUUCCUGACCCUCCCAAGACAGAAAACAAACUCCACAGAAACAAACAAACAAGCACUCCUACCUGUCCAGGCUUCCCUAGGUUGCAUCUUUGUAUCCCUUGGAAAGCUCUGAGACUGGUCCCACUUGGUCCUAAGAAUCCCAAGGUUUUCUGGGAGCUUCCAAUAUAUGAAUUAGCGUAUCAUUUGCAUAGUAGCCUUUAGUUUCCUUCCUUUUUGUUCCACCACUCCUGUCUGUUUUUUCUUUCUUUUCUGAAGAGUUCGUCUCCAUUGGUCCUCUUAUCACACUUCAUUUGCACGACAUUACCUGCAGGUGGUGGGGAGCCUGGGCUUUUGGGGACCUAGGCUGCUCUGGGCCCCAGAAUUGCCCACUCCCAGCCCCUCUAGUCUAGUUUACCUCCUUUACCCCAUUUUCCAAACCUCUUGUACCCUCCUCUCCCUCCCCCCCAGCUGGUGUGUAAGUGUCUUGGAGUUCAGUGUGUCGUGAUGGACCAAUAAUUCUGCCACUCGGAGUCUCUCCCCACAUUCCUGCUCCCCAGUUUUCAUGUGGGGCACUCAACAGACAUUCCCAGGGGGUCUCCCUCCCAUCUGCCUGAUUUGCCUCCUCCUCCUACCAGGAGAAUUGGGGGUUGACCACAAUCUGAUUUUUUGAGGAGGGGUGGCUCCAGUGUGUGUGUGUCAUCACUGCCUUGGGGAGGAGUAGGGCAAAAUAGAAUCCCCCAAUCCCUGCCUGAAGCCUCUGGCCUCAUCUUGCCAGAGGUUGGACUGAAAACUUUUUCCCCCAAUCUGGGGGGGGUGUUGCCCCCAUCACUGCCCAGCUCCUUUGACUGCCCCCCUGUAUUCAGGGUGGGGGUAUUAGUCACUGCCAAUAUGUGUAUGGGACUUGCUGGAUGAUGGGGAUCCUCGCCUUUCUCCAGGGCUCUUGAGCCCAGAGCGAGAGGGGGAGAGAGAAAGAGAGAGAGUGCAAGCUAUUCCCUUUUGGGUGAAAUGAUAGAGAAAGGAUCUAAUCUUUUUAAAUGGCACAGUUUUAGGGGUCUGAGGGUACAGCCCCUUAACCUGCCACUGGGGUGGGGGUGUCCCCAAACUCUCCCCCCCCACCAGGUUUUCUGUGUGGAGGGGAACCAAGGAGAUCUAAACUGUGGUGUGAAAGGGUAGGAGAGAUGCUGGGGGUGGGGGUGCUUGUGUUCUAGACCCCCAAUAUUAUCCCAGUGUCCCCUGCCUUCCUUCUUCCCCUACCCCAUGCCCCCAAAUCUGUGGCGCAUCCAGAUUGUGAAAAUGUACAAUAAACGUGUAAUGAGUAA